UGCCGGGGGGCGCGCCGUGCCCGCCCCCCCCAAUGCUCAGCUCAGUGUGCGUCUCGUCCUUCCGCGGGCGCAAGCCGGGCAGCCAGGCGCCAGCCAAGUCAUGCGCCAGGGGGGACAUGGGCCGGCACGAGGAAAGCGAGAAGAUCGUGAUUAACGUGGGGGGGGUGCGGCACGAGACCUACCGCAGCACCCUGCAGACCCUGCCCGGCACCCGCCUGGCCUGGCUCACCGAGCCCGACGCCUGCAGCAACUUCGACUACGACCCGGCUGCCGACGAGUUCUUCUUCGACCGCCACCCGCAGGUCUUCGCCUACGUCCUCAACUACUACCGUACCGGCAAGCUGCACUGUCCGGCCGACGUCUGCGGCCCGCUCUUCGAGGAGGAGCUGGCCUUCUGGGGCAUCGACGAGACCGACGUGGAGGCCUGCUGCUGGAUGAACUACCGGCAGCACCGGGACGCCGAGGAGGCGCUCGACAGCUUCGAGGCCCCCGAGGCCCAGGACGAGGAGGACGCCGCCGGCGACCUCAAGCGGCUCUGCCUGCAGGAGGACGGACGCCAGGCUGGCUGGUGGCGCCACUGGCAGCCCAAGCUCUGGGCGCUCUUUGAGGACCCGUACUCCUCCAAGAUGGCCAGGUACGUGGCCUUCGCCUCCCUCUUCUUUAUCCUGCUCUCCAUCACCACCUUCUGCCUGGAGACGCACGAGGCCUUCAACCGCAUCAUCAACAAGACGGAGACGGUGGCGGUGGCCAACGGGACGGCCACCCAGGUGGCGGUGGAGGUGGAGACGGAGCCGUUCCUCACCUACGUGGAGGGGGCCUGCGUGAUCUGGUUCACCUUCGAGUUCCUCAUGCGCGUCUGCUUCUGCCCGGACAAGCUGGAGUUCGUCAAGAGCAGCCUCAACAUCAUCGAUUUCGUGGCCAUCCUGCCCUUCUACCUGGAGGUGGGUUUGCGGGGCCUCUCCUCCAAGGCGGCCAAGGACGUGCUGGGCUUCCUCCGCGUGGUGCGUUUCGUGCGGAUCCUGCGGAUCUUCAAGCUGACCCGGCACUUCGUGGGGCUGCGGGUGCUGGGCCACACGCUCCGGGCCAGUACCAAUGAGUUCUUGCUCCUCAUCAUCUUCCUGGCCUUGGGCGUCCUGAUCUUCGCCACCAUGAUCUACUACGCGGAGCGCAUCGGGGCCGACCCGGACGACAUCAUGGGCAGCAACCACACCUACUUCAAGAACAUCCCCAUUGGGUUCUGGUGGGCCGUGGUGACCAUGACCACGCUGGGCUACGGGGACAUGUACCCCAAGACCUGGUCGGGCAUGCUGGUGGGGGCGCUGUGCGCCCUGGCCGGGGUGCUGACCAUCGCCAUGCCCGUGCCCGUCAUCGUCAACAACUUCGGCAUGUACUACUCCCUGGCCAUGGCCAAGCAGAAACUGCCCAAGAAGAAGAACAAACACAUCCCCCGGGCGCCCCAGCCUGGCUCGCCCAACUAUUGCAAGCCAGAGGGAACCCCUGGUCCCCGGUCGGCCCCCCCCGCCGCCGACGCCUGCCCCCUGGCCCAGGAGGAGAUCAUCGAGAUCAACCGGGCAGACUCCAAGCAGAACGGCGACGCGGCGAAGGCGGCGCUGGCCAACGAGGACUGUCCCACCAUCGACCAGGCCCUGUCCCCCGAGGAGAAGUCGCCCGUCACCCCCGCGGCCCACGAACGCUACAGCCGGGACCGCGCCUGCUUCCUGCUGACGGCCGGCGAGUUCGGGCCGGCGCCCGACGGCAACAUCCGCAAAGCACUAGAAUGCAGGGCAUGCUGGGAAAGGGGUUCGCCCAGUGCCCCUGUAAUGCCCCGGCUGCGUCAGCCAGGUUAUGAGAAGUCCCGGAGUCUGAACAGCAUCGUGGGGCUCCGGCUCUCGCCCGCCCCCAGCCCCCUGGGCUCGCCCGGCGCCCCCCGGCGCCCCCGCCCGCCCCUGCCCUCCGUCCUCUAG